AUGAGCACUCGCGCCGCCGCGGGCCCCUCCUUCCUCUCCGGCGUGGAGCAGGCCCCCGCCGAUCCCAUCCUCGGCGUCUCCGUCGCCUUCCGCGAGAGCACCAAUCCCAACAAACUCAACCUCGGCGUCGGCGCGUACCGCACCGAGGAUCUCAAGCCCUACGUCCUCGACGUCGUCAGGCAGGCCGAGAAGCGCAUGAUCGAGGCUGACUACGACAAGGAGUACCUCCCCAUGCAGGGACUCGCCGAGUUUAACGAGGCGACCCGCAAGCUUCUCCUGGGCGAGGGAUCCGCGGCCGUCGCCGAGAGCCGCGUGGCGACGGUGCAGUCGCUCUCGGGCACCGGAUCCCUGCGCGUGGGCGCCGCGUUCAUCGGCAAGUUCAUGCCGGGCGCCGUCGUGUACCUCCCGAACCCCACCUGGGGCAACCACAAGAACAUCUUCGCCGACGCCGGCGUGGAGUGGAGGGAGUACCGCUACUACGACAAGGCGACCAUCGGGCUCGACCUCGACGGCAUGAUAGCCGACCUCAAGGCCGCGCCGGCGGGGUCCGUGAUUUGCCUUCACGGCUGCGCGCAUAACCCCACGGGCGUCGACCCGACCAAGGAACAGUGGGCCGCCAUCGCCGACGCCGUGGAGUCGAACGGGCUGGUUCCUUUCUUCGACGUGGCGUACCAGGGCUUCGCGUCUGGAUCUCUCGAGGAGGACGCGUACGCCCCUAGGCUGUUCGAGCGCAGGGGGAUCGAGUUCUUCUGCGCGCAGUCCUACUCCAAGAACCUCGGGCUGUACGCCGAGCGCAUCGGCGCCAUCAACGCCGUGGUGAACGACAAGGAGACGGCGGCGAAGACUUUGUCUCAGAUGAACCGCAUCGCGAGGGCCAUCUACUCGAACCCGCCGGUGCACGGCGCGAGGAUUGCCGCGACGGUGAUCAACGAUCCGGCGCUGUUCGCGCGAUGGAACGAGGAGAUGGGGGAGAUGGCCGGGCGCAUCAAGACGGUUCGUGCGAUGCUCUACGAUAACCUGUGCAAGCUCAACCCGGACAAGGACUGGAGCUUUGUGACGAGGCAGAUCGGCAUGUUCAGCUUCACGGGGCUUAACCCGAACCAGGUGAAGCACAUGACGGAGAAGCACGCCAUCUACAUGACCGGGGACGGGCGCAUCUCCCUCGCGGGGCUCAGCCAGGCCAAGUGCGAGUACCUCGCCAACGCCAUUGUCGACUCCUUCACGGUGGAGUGA